AUGGCUACGGUGGAUGGCUCAGAUGAUAUUUUAUCAAACAAAGACAGCGACCUCUAUUGUGAAUCAUGCUUAAAUGAUGGACAGAAACAGAUUGUGGAAUGUUUCUGCGUGGAGUGCAAUGAAUAUAUGUGUCAGUUAUGCCUUAAUGCGCACCGGAAACUACGUGUGUUGAAAACACAUCAUGUUAAACUAGGAAAAGAAAUGCCAAGGAAGAAGCCAAUCAAAAAGGUUCAAUUUCCCGCUGAAAACAACUGUCAUGUGCAUACUGACAGUAAAAUAACAUCUUUCUGCCAAUCACACCAAAUAUUAUGUUGUGACCAGUGUGUGAUUCUGGGGCAUAAAGUGUGCACUGAUGUUAAAGCCAUCGGCAAUUAUUCCCAAGAAUUCCUGGACAGCGAAGACUAUAAAACGUCUUUCGAUAAGCUUAAGAGUUUACAAUCCGCAUAUAUCGCAAAAAAGAAAGAGGCAAGCAUGAAUCUUGAGGAAGUUGAUCUUUACUACCACAACGCAAUGGGAAAGUUUAAAGCUGAACUUGACAAAAUCAAGAUUGCAGAUAUAAGAACGUUAAAGGCUGUGGUCUCUACAUAUGAUUGUGUUCUUGGUCAGCUUAGUUCUUGGUUUGAAAGUAUCGAAACGUAUAAAAACAACAAACAGGAAAAUGAACUGGCCAUUCUGGUGUUGAGGUCAAAAAGAGACGUGGAUGCGAUAGAAGACACUGUUCAAAAGCUUUGCAACGACGCCAGUUUUGUCCGAUAUGGUGUUGUACCAGAUAGAACAUCACUGUUUCGUCUAGUCAAGGCAUCUUUCCUUGCUGAGACGAUAACUUUAAAGGUUGAAAGUGACAAAAACACAUGUUCACUCGCAGGCAUCGCAUUAUUAAGAGUAAACUUAAUCUUAAUAGCGGACUACAACAAUUCAAGUCUGAAAUUAUUCAAUACUAGCUCCUAUACUCAUGUUGCGAACGUCAAAUUUCAAUACAAACCAUGGCAGAUGUCAGUUACCGAGCACGGUGAAGCAUACGUGACACUUCACAGCCAACCUAAAAUUCUUCACCUGAAGUCUCCCGCGACAGACCUCACCGCAUUCCGGGAGAUAGACGUAGACGGUAAUUGUUUCUCCGUAGAAUGUUUUAACAAAACCCUGAAAGUUCAGUGUUUGAAUCCUGCCAAAAUUAUUGAAGUAGAUGAAGAUGGAAAACAAAUCAGGGUUAUCAGCAAUGACUUACGUAAAGAAACCACCGAGAAUGGAGAACAAUUUGUCACUAAUCCACACUGGUCAACACAAGAUCCGGCAACUGGUUCGAUGUACGUAUCAUGUAAUGCCAAACAUUCAAUAACAGAAAUCAAAAGUGACGGCAAUGUUAAGUUACUCGUGAAGUCAGACAAGCUGAAAAGUCCUUUUGGUCUGUGCAUGGACACUGAUGGUUCCAUCCUCGUAUGCAGCUACAAUAGCAAGGACGUGUUUAGGGUGAGGACGAAUGGAGACAUACAGAGUGUGUUACCACAACCGCUAGACUUUAACCUUCGCGCAGUGGCUCUUGAUAAGCGCACAAAGAAAAUGUAUGUCGGAGGAGAUUCUGAUACAAUUCAUGUGUUUCAAAUCUAA